AUGCAGUCCUCUAGCUUCUGUGUCCUGGCUAUUUGCGCCUUCAUUCUGGCUUCCUCGAUCAGUGCCGCUCCUUUGGAUGACUCUCAACAUGCCACCAUCCUGCGAUACGACAACGACAAUAUCGGCACCGAUGGCUACAACUUCGGUUACGAGACCAGUGAUGGAAUCACCCGCCAGGAGCAGGCUGAGCUGAAGAACGCCGGUACCGAGCAGGAGGCCCUCAGCGUCCGUGGUUCCGUCAGCUGGGUGGCUCCCGAUGGCCAGACCUACACCCUGCACUAUAUUGCCGAUGAGAACGGUUUCCAGCCCCAGGGCGAUCAUCUGCCCCACAACUAAAUGUAACCUCUUGGUGUAGCCCAGUAUUAAUCAGUAUUUUUCCAUGUUGUAAAGAAAAACGAAGUUCUCUCAUUUUUAAAUUUUAAAUCACUUUCAAACGCAAAAAAGGAAUGGUUUGAAAUGUUAAUA